GAGAGAGGGAGAGAGGGAGGGGGCAGUGGAGGGAGGGAAGGCUUGACGGGAGAGUGCAUAGGUGAUUGCACCCACCUCAAUUCCUCCAAAAGCUGUCCCUGACUCAAGAUCUGGGUGUAAAUGUUUAUGUGGGAGGUGAUCCCAGGAAGCACAGUGAAGGAGUCAGGAGUUAAGACGGGGAGGGAGAAGAGUCAACACAGAUGCAUCAGUGAGCAGGUUAUUGCUGUGGGCAACCGGGGCGAUCCACUGGGGACCCUCUAAAAGACAGAGUAGAACACACCUCAGAGCGUCCCACCAAGGACAGGAAGCUGGGGUUUCUACCACUGCCCCUCCUUGGUGGGCUGAGGGCUGCCUCUGGGUGUUAACUCCCUGGCACUUGCAGCCCGCACACCAGCCAAAGGUGGCUCUCGAGCAGGAGGCGUCAGGAGCCUUCGCAGGUGACAUCAGGGUGGGCUGAGGGUGCCGGGCAGCAGGGCUGCGACCGCUGCAGAGGGGGUGUGGAAGGAUGCAGGCGCUGCUGUGCUUUCCCACUUGCUCUUGGGUCAAGGCGAGAACCCAGACUGACCUCGGCUCUGCUCCACUGGGAGGAGAUGAACACAGCCCCAGAGUGACAAGCUGUGGCAGGCCACACCGUGCACAGCUUUCUCUUUUGCUAACACAACUUCCUCCUCGGCUUCCUGAUUGAGCUGUGGGGCGGGACAGAGGCAGGCCAGCCUGGGCCUGGCCUGGGAGGCCCACCGGACUCUUGUCCACAUCCAGUCUCUUGGAGCCGCCAUGAGCCGGCCCCGACCCCCAGGCCCAGACGAGGAUGCUCUGGAGACCCUCCUGGAUGACCUCAUCAGCUACUACCUGGACAGGGCAGGGGAGGGCCGGCUCGGGGUCUGCAGGCAAGCAGCUCUCACCUGCAGGGCCCAGCGGCUGCUGGUCACAGGGGUCCCUCCUCAGCUCUAUCUGCCUGAGGAUGUGGCCCCUGAUCUGGGGACCACUCACUCCCAGGGGGCUCCCAGCUCUGCCCAGCACAUCUGCCGCAAACUGGUGCAGGCACUGGAGUUCCUAGAGCUGAUCUCCGUCAACCUACUCCUGUUUCCCUGGAGGAAGGAAAUCAGGUCCCUGAAGACAUACACAGGGAACUUUGUCUACUGGGUGCGGCCUGUGCUUUCUGAACACACACUGCAGACCAUUCUGGGCAGGCUGGGCUACAUGGCCACCUCCGAGGCCGAGUUUUCACUGGUCCAGGCCAGCAGCGAGGAGGACACCAAGCAGAUGGUGUUUGAGAUCUUCCUGACGAGAGUCAUGUGUGAGGCCGUUCUCGGAACCUCAGGCAGGCAGCUCCUCGGGCCGGGCAGAGAGAAAGCGGACGGGCCCCCCUGCAGGCCGAGCUCAGAGAGAGGGCUGCUGAAGACCCACAAGGGCCUGCAGGAGGCCCAGUCAAGCCGAGGCCCCUCAGCAGGGGCGAGGACUGAGAGGGCCCUGGCUGAAAGCCCUGAUGGUCAGCGCUCUCUGCCUGUUGUCUUUAGCCUGCCUGAGAUCUCAAUAGCCCCCGGCAGCCCCCUCACUGGCCCCCCGGUCUCCUUGGGGCCCCAGCGCCGCACCAGCACACGCUCGGACAGUGAGGAGUUCCUGACCUGCUACAGCGACCUUGUGCUGCACCAGACGCCCUUGUUCCCCAGGGACCAUCCCCUGAGCAGCCUGAAGGGAAAGCAACUGCAGAGCCCAGGCCUGGGGCCCAGCCCACCUCCAGGGGAGGCAACUGCCCCCGCAGGGAGCAGCAGCGAGCAGCCCCUGGUCCCCAGCGCAGCUCCUGAGAGCAAAGGGGUCACCAUUCCCGGCCAGCUCUGCCUGGUGCCAGGCCCCCAGUUGUCAGAGAAUUCCUUGGACCCAAAGCCAGAAGCACAGCUGGAGGUGGCCACCCCUGGUCCAGAAGCUGCCCCUCCAAAUGCUUCCUCUGAGAUGGGUGAGCUCUGUGAGUACCUCACCCAUCUCCUCAGAGCCCCAGCUCCAGCAGGCCACCCCGCGGGCUCCCCUGGCCCAGGGGUUGAGGAGAACGGACAAUCAGAGCCUCUCAUGAGGCCAGAGCCAGCCGGUGAGGGUGGCAGCCCAGACGGUACAAUCACUCAGUUCUGGAGGUCUCCUCAGGCCCCCUCUCAUGUACAAGAGCCCCCCAGUGCUCACUACGUCCCCCCGGAGGGGCUGGAGGUGCCAGGUGCCACACGAGCAACAGUUGAGAUUGUCACCCCUGGGUGGCACAGGGGCAGACACCUGACUAAGCCGAUUGCUCUUCUGCCAGGAAGGUGACACUUGGAGAGAUGGUGGAUCUGGGACCACAGUGGGGACAGCAGCCAAACCCACAGCUUGUCAGCCACAGGGACAAACCUGCUAAUCCCAGCUGGUCUCAGGUCCCAGCACUGCCACCUAUAGACUGUGUGACUUUGGGCCACUCACUGCACCUCUCUGAGCCAUGUUUCCUCAUCUCAAAGUGGGUGUGGUGUCAGAUCUACCUCACAGGAGGCUAAGAAGAGUUAAUGAGGGGAGGUGUGCAUAGUGCUGACCUCAGGGGGGCUUCCUGUCCCCUUCACAUACCAGCUCAGUGUGUGACCUUGGGAGAGUCACCCUGCAUCUCUGAAUAGCAGUUUCCCUCAGCAUCCUUAAGGCACCUGUCACAGAGCAGAUUAAAAGAGAGAUGUGUAGACAACCAGAUGUGUAAUAUACCCUUAAUCUGUUUAGGGUCCUCUGUCAGCCUCCCUCUUCUCUCAGCCAGCUUCAGGUUGACAGAGAGCAAGGCCACAGUUGGGAGCCCAGGGUCAGCUCAGAAGCCUGCUCUGCAUCCAGGGCUGGGGGCUCCAUCAUCUGGGCUGCCUGGAGUGGGGGCGCCCCCUCCACCAGUCUCUCCUGCCCCCACGUAUGCACACAUGCAUGCACACCUGCACACAAGUGGGUGUGUCCAGGAACGUACACACACACACACACACACACGGGCAAUCCUCAUAAGGGCCCCAAGAGAAAGCCAAGACCCUCUCUAUGGGGUGGCAGGUGGCACCUGCCCAGGGCCUGUCCCUCGGCUUUGCAUCUGUGAAGUGGGGAGGAUGGCCCCUGCCUCUGAGGGUGGUGUAAAGGCCCCUUCUGGGCAUACAGCAGGUGCUUAAUAAACGUUGGCGCCUGCUUUGCUGUCCCCAGAGCUGAGCAUAUGACCCCACCAUUUUCAGUCCCUACAUCAAGGGGGACCACAGGUGGGAAGGAUUUAAGGGGCAUUGGCCCCGCCUCCCUCCCAAUCAGACUAUUGGCCAGGCCCUACACAGGCUUUUCAAGACAAAUCGGGAAGCACUCUGCACUGGGAAGAGAGAGGCACUGGCCAGUCAUCCACCCGUCCAUCCAUCCUUCCUCCCACCCACCCAUGCCAAUUACUCAGCACAGCACACAGCAGUCGACACUCAGGCCGGUAAGCUGUCAGCGUCUGGAGCCAGUGAAGCGGGGCCGGGGGGCGGGGAUGGUCGGAGCAGACCCUAGCCAUAAGCCUCCAUUCUGGGGAAGGAGAACGUCAGGAACAGGCUGGGCUGGAGACAGAGAGGGUCAGGAGCCUCGGGAGAAGGGAUGAGGUGGGAGGGGGUACGGACCUGGGAAUCAUGGCAACCAGGGCACCUAGUCCUGGGUCUGACCUGCAGCCCUUGACCAUUUUUUAUUCGUUAUUUUCUGAUCAUUAACAUAAUAAGCAUGCUCAGUCCCAAACCACAACAGAACUUUUGUUCUCCCCGUGUUCCUGCCCCGCGGUGUUCCCCAUCUACUUGAAAGCUGAGCCCAAGGUAGGAAUCAUUUUUGAUUUCUCUUUCUCUCACAUCCUUCAUCCAACUAUAGCUGUCACAGCAAGGACCAAAUCUGACCACGUCCCUCCUCCUUCCACAGAGGCCUGAGCCCCUCGACUGAGCUACCAAGGCCUGUCACUCAGAUCCUGGGAGGACGCCAGCCCCCUUCCUGGUCUCCCAGCCUCUGCCCUCAUCCUCCUGCUGUCAGCUCCAUCCAGCUGCCAGAGGAUCCCGUUAAAACCUAGGUUCCAUCAUGACUUUCACUCUGUGGUGUUGGAUUAGAAUCAGAGGUAUCAAUAUGAACUCAUGGUUUUUAAGUUAUAGUUAGAUACAGAAAUAUAGCUAUGUGUGUGUAUGAGUGGGUUCGUACACAUACAUAUGUUUCCUAACUCUGUCCCAAGAGUGGGCUUAGAAGUAGACACCCAGUAACAAUGACUACACCUGGCACUUAGAUCUUGGGCUCUAAACAUCACUCACUCUCCAAUACAAGGAACCAGAGAUCCUAGUAGUUUAUUCCAGGGAUGAGCAGGUAAAUAUCACCAGUAAUAAGCUGCAUGGACAUCAUACAUCCUUUGAUAAGAUGCACUGAGGGAAGACACAGCAUCUUUUUUUUUAUGGUGGCAUCUUGCCAAAAAUGUCUAACCUCACUCUAGCCAUAAGAGAACACCAGACUCAAAUUCUCUAAUAGUGAGAAACCCAGCUCUCAUAAUCUACAGACUAUUUACUUAUUUGUUCAAUUCUAAUAUAUUGGUCGAUUCUGGUAUAGUUUCAGAAUUGCUAAACAUAUCCCUGCAAGAAACACUUCUAAUAACUAUCUUUCAGCAUUUAUGUAAAAUAAUUUUUACCUUUACUCUUCUCGUAUCCAAUCAAGACACUGUUUUCCAAGGUUACUUCAGUGAGUUCUUUUCUUCCCAGCACCUUCAGUGUGGUUACUUGUGAUUCAUCUGUUUGUAUUCCAUCUUCCGUUCCCCCUACAUCCUACUCCACCUUAACUAUUUAUUUAUUUGGGGGGUGAGACAUUACUAUGGUUAGAGUUAUACAAAAUGAUAUAUUCACAGGAGUGUAUUCCCCUCUCAUCCCAGCAACCCUGAUCCCAUUUUUCCCUUCUCUCCAGCCUUUUCCCACCAAUCUAUUUAGUUUCUGGGUUGCCUUUCCUGUACUUCCUAUAGCAUACUAUAGAUACUCAUUUGGACACUGCUUCCUUCCCUUAACAGUGUGUCCUGGAAAUCAUAUCACAUCCAUUCACAGAGAGAGCCUCCUUGUUCUUCUUCACAGCUGUAUACUAUUCCAUUGUGUGGAUGUACCAUAGUUUAUUUAACCACUCUCUUGUAUAUGGGUAUUUAGGUUGUCUUCAAUUAUUUUGCAAUUACAAACAAUGCUGCCAUAAAUAACCUUGUACAUAUAUACACCUUCAUGUCCUAGAAGUGGG